AUGGCUGAGCAAUGGCGGAACUCCCUCCGGUCUUGCCUUCUUGCAGCUGAUCGUCCGCUCCUCCGGUUCCUGGCAACUGAGCGAGCGCCUGAUCGGCCGCUCCUGAUCCCCGCGCGCUGGUCUCGCCGCGCGUCCUCCCUCUCUCGGGUGAUCCCCGUGCACAGAAGCCGCGCGUCCUCCCUCUCUCGGGUGAUCCCCGUGCACAGAAGCCGCGCGCUGCUCGCGCUUGCUCCGGCCCUUGACGCGCCGCCGCGCGAGGGCGGGCACGACGGGCUCCUCCGACUCCGCGCGUCGCGCGCUUGCCUCCGGCUUGACGCGCCGCCGCGCGAGGGCGGGCGCGAAAGGCUCCUCCGACUCCGCGCGUCGCGCGCUUGCUCCCGGCUCUUGACGCGCCGCCGCGCGAGGGCGGGCGCGACGGGCUUCUCGGACGCCGCGCGUCACAAGCUUGCUCCGGGCUUGACGCGCCGCCGCGCGAGGGCGGGCGCGGCGGGAUCCCCGGACGCCGCGCGUCACAAGCUUCCUCCCGGCUUGACGCGCCGCCGCGUGAGGCCGGGCGCGACGAGCUCCUCCGACGAUGCGCCUCCUCCGCGUGCAGGGAAGCCGCUCGCGCUUGCUCCGCCGCCGCACCUCCUCCUAUUCCGUGCGGUUGAUCGCCGGGCAGGGAGGCCGAUCGUCUUCCUGCGCGGCGCAGGCGAGGUUUGGCCUACUCCUGUAUCUGCUAAGGAGGUUAGGGGUUUUCUGGGUCUGGCUGGUUAUUACAGAAAGAUCAUUCGUCACUGCGUGAUUGUGAGCAAACCCUUGACAAAUCUGUUGAAAAAAGGGGUACCAUUCCGCUAUACAGCAAAUGAACAACAAGCUUUUGCACUACUUAAGCAAGCCCUGAAUGGGCAUCCGUUGGCUUAUGUUAGCAAAGCUCUGGGCCCCAGGAACCAAACUCUUUCUGUGUAUGAAAAAGAAUACUUAGCAAUCCUAUUGGCUGUUGACCACUGGAGACAGUAUUUGCAGGUUUCACAAAAACCACAUAGCUCUCUUGAUGUGUUACCAGAAAUGCACCUUAUCUCUUCAGCUCAACCUGCUUGGCUUGAAGAUAUUAUGCAGAGCUAUGUGGGCGAUAAAUUUUGCACUGGGUUACUUCAGAAAUUGUCCACCAGCUCCUCUUCUGAUAGUAAGUUUACUUUGACAGUUGGCAUUCUUCGUACUGAGAACUAUGUUUGGGUGGGUGAUGUUCCAGAGUUGCACAAGCAAAUUCAAGCAAAGCUUGAACAUGUAGCCUACCCUGACCUGUUGCAGCCAUUACCUGUCCUCAAACUUCCUUGGAAUAUGGUGACAAUGGAUUUCGUCGAGGGGCUACCACCAUCUCUGGUCAUCGAUAAAUUUUCCAAAGAGCUCAGAGCUCCCCACGGUCCGGGGUCUGGAGAAAGAAAUUCAGCAGCGGCCGCCGCUUUGGUUGAUCGGUUGCUGCCGCCGGCACCGCUACCUGCUGAUCCCGCUCCCUUGUCGCGCACCGGCACCGCUGCUGCUCUCCCGCCUCGCACCUGCCCCGGCGGCCCAGUCCCCGCGGCAGCCGCCGCGCUGCAGGCUUGUCGCCUUGGGUUCAGGACCAUUCUGCUGGAGAUUUUUGGAUCUGGAUUGAGACUAACACGGAUUAAUGACCGGAUUCUAAGAUUGCUCUUUGGUGACCGAUCUGCUUAUGCAUCCUUUGUCAUGGCAAGCAACAUUGCAGUAAAAGGAGUUAAUAAUUGGGGCAGGCCAAAUUGGCUCCGCGUCCUCCCUUGUGCCAGUAAUUAUUUCUGCACCUCCAUCUAUGCCACCAAAGGCAAACAAUUUGACAUCACCAAGGGAAUGGAUAGAUCAGAGAUGAAGGGGCGAACAAAGCAAGUCUUUGUUAGCCAUGCCUCUUAUCCUGUAUCUGAAGGCAACAUCCUUAAGAAAACCACCCAUCGGGACGGUUCUAUAUACAAGAUAAACUAUGGUAUUCUAAAGCUAUGGCAUCUUACUCAACGUGAUGAGACACAACUAGAGCCGAUGAUGUUCUCAAAUCCCAUGAAUUGUUUCCCGGAUAGGGAUAGAUGCAUGGUACAUUCUGCAACUGCUAUGAUGCAGAUUUUCUCACUGAAAUUGGAAAAAGCUAGUACCAACAUCGGCUUGGUACAACUAUAUGGAUAUAUAGCAGUGCGUGAUUGUCAUGAUUCAUUGCUUAAUUAUGUCUUCAAUCGUAGCAGAGAUGAUCCCAUCAUUGUGGAACAGGGUUCUCUUAUUGAGAUGACCGGCCCUAAGCGAGGCAUCACAAUGGUAGCCCCUGUUCUAGUUGAGUUUGACAUGAGGAUCAAGAAAGGAAAGCAAGAAGAUGAUCUACAACUAAUUGAUGGUGCAAUGGAGUACCACGAUAUAGUCACACCUGAGUACCCAUUCACGCAUCGGAUUAAUGGUGAUUGUGGCGCGGUUGACAUCACUUUAGCCCUUAUUCGUUGGGCAUUUGAGGCCACAAUAGAUGUUGUCAUAUCAAAAGUGCAGUGUGGAUUUGAUUUAUCCCUCAGCUCAUGUAUUCUCCUUAUGGAUGAUUUACAUGAGAUUCAACUCUUUCGUGGCAGUAUUGGUGAGUCGUGUGGCUUAAGAAGACAUGUGAUUGCUGUGGAGGAGGAUACUUUGAUGCAUUUGAAGUUCAAGGUAGGUCAGAAUAGUUGUAAAAAUGAUUUUGAUCACCAUUGUUCCUUCAAAGCGAAAAAACAUGGGUACGACUAUCAGCAAAUCAUGCUUGAGCUUGCCUCUAUCUCAGUGAAGGUGACUUGGUCGAACUUGCAAAGCUAAGUCACUUGUUUCAUAUUCGAACUUUGGUUGUGUUACUAGUUGAAAGUAUGUGUGUUGCUACAGAAGACAAAUAAAUGGCUCCACAAAAAUGUGUAUUUC